GCUCCCUCGUGGUGUGAGGGCGGUGAUGUUUUUCCUCCCACCCACUUUUGAGUCCCCCCUCCCCCCUCGCGCGCACUCUAGCUCUCGCCACAACCUGCAAGCCCCAGACCUCGGAGGAGCGCCCCGGGGAGCUCGGAGCGCGUGCACGCGUGGAAGACGGAGCAGGCCAGUGGCCAGGAGCUUGAAUAUACCGGGCCCUGACAGUUUUGAGUGGCCUCUUGCAGUGACCAAAAUGAGAAAAAAGUGGAAAGUGGGGGGCACAAAGUGCAUCUUUUCCUUGUUGCUGUUCUUUCUUUUCCUAGAAGGAAGCAAAACAGAGCAAGUAAAACAUUCAGAGACAUAUUGUGUGUUUCAAGACAAGAAGUACAGAGUGGGUGAGAGAUGGCAUCCUUACCUGGAACCUUAUGGGUUGGUUUACUGUGUGAACUGCAUCUGCUCAGAGAAUGGGAAUGUGCUUUGCAGCCGAGUCAGAUGUCCAAGCCUUCACUGCGUCUCCCCCAUGCAUAUUCCACAUCUGUGCUGCCCGCGCUGCCCAGACUCCUUACCCCCAGCGAACAACAAGGUGACCAGCAAGUCAUGUGAGUACAACGGGACCACUUACCAACAUGGUGAGCUGUUCAUGGCUGAAGGGCUCUUUCAGAACCGGCAACCCAAUCAAUGCACCCAGUGCAGCUGUUCGGAGGGAAACGUGUAUUGUGGUCUCAAGACUUGCCCCAAGUUAACCUGUGCGUUCCCAGUCUCUGUUCCGGAUUCCUGCUGCCGGGUGUGCAGAGGGGAUGGAGAAUUGUCGUGGGAACAUUCUGAUGGUGAUAUCUUCCGGCAACCUGCCAACAGAGAAGCAAGACAUUCUUACCACCGAUCUCACUACGACCCCCCACCAAGCCGACAGGCUGGAGGUCUGCCCCGCUUUCCCGGGGCCAGAAGCCACCGAGGAGCUCUCAUGGAUUCCCAGCAAGCAUCGGGCACCAUUGUGCAAAUUGUCAUCAACAACAAACACAAGCACGGACAAGUGUGUGUUUCCAAUGGAAAGACUUACUCCCAUGGCGAGUCCUGGCACCCCAAUCUCCGGGCAUUUGGCAUUGUGGAGUGUGUGCUGUGCACUUGCAAUGUCACCAAGCAAGAGUGUAAGAAAAUCCACUGCCCCAACCGGUACCCCUGCAAGUAUCCUCAAAAAAUAGAUGGAAAGUGCUGCAAGGUGUGUCCAGGUAAAAAGGCAAAAGAAGAACUUCCGGGCCAAAGCUUUGACAGUAAGGGCUACUUUUGUGGAGAAGAAACCAUGCCUGUGUAUGAAUCUGUGUUCAUGGAGGAUGGGGAGACCACCAGAAAAAUAGCCCUGGAGACCGAGAGACCACCUCAGGUGGAGGUGCACGUUUGGACCAUCCGAAAGGGCAUCCUCCAGCACUUCCAUAUUGAGAAGAUCUCCAAGAGGAUGUUUGAGGAGCUCCAUCACUUCAAGCUGGUGACCAGGACAACGCUGAGCCAGUGGAAGAUCUUCACCGAAGGAGAAGCUCAGAUCAGCCAGAUGUGUUCAAGUCGUGUGUGCAGAACUGAGCUUGAAGAUUUGGUCAAGGUUUUGUACCUGGAAAGGUCUGAAAAGGGCCACUGUUAGACGAAACAGGCGGUAUUGGAUAGGAUAGAGCAAGAAAAAUCAAGCCGCAGCUGGACUGCAGGCUUAUUUUGCUUAAGUCAACAGUGCCCUAAAACCCCAAACUCAAAUGCAGUUUAUUAUUCACGCCAUGCACAGCAUAACUUGCUCCUUUAUGUGUCAGUCCUUAAACAUGUCCUCCAAAGAGACUGUGAGAGUCUUGAAUUAUUUGUGGGAGGAAGAGGGAUAGAACACCACAGCACUGCUCUUAAGUUUCUGGGAGAAUCGCAUUUCUUUACAGGUUAAAGAGUAAACAAAACCCUAGGGUUUCUAUCUAGAAAGUUAUUCCAGUGAAAGAAACAGGAGAGAAAUGCUUAGUAGGAGUUCUGUAGUACAGAGAAAAUAUUUGUAUGAAAUCAUACUCUUUGAAUUUUAGAAUGUCUUGUGUUUUUUUAAAAAAAUUAACACCCCAUCCUCACACACACACACACGCGCGCGCACACACACACACACACACACAGACUAAACUGCAGUCUUCAUUCUGAGGCACAGCCAGCAUAGAUUCCCCCCUCCUUUCUCUUGCCUGGCUCCCAGGUAGCUUUGAAGUUGUGGGUACUCAGGAAGAUAAAGAAGGAAUUGUGAGCAAAAGGCUCAACCCUUAGGUCAGUGGUGUGGCUGCUAAAGUCACCGACUCUGAUGGAAGGGUGAAGAACAAAAACACUAUUUCACGGUCGCAUUCCCUUGGAAGCGAUAAUUAACAUUUCCCUGAUGAGACCGCUUCGCUUUUCUCCCUGAACCUGUUGGGGCCCCCAUCAAAAAGUGAGAACUGGGUAAAAUCUUCAGAAACCGAAUCCACGUAAAACAAAAUAAUUGUUGAAGUAAACGGUUGGUCAGCUAAUUUCCCUGAUGCCCUAGUUCGGUAGCCCAAAAAUUGAAAUUAAGUGAUUAAAUUCUAGAAGCUCCUUAAGAGGGCAGUUUUCUUCCUUCUCCAGUUACAGGAGCUGAUUUUGACUUUGCAGAGGGGCCCAGUCCUCCCACAUCUUCUGAAUGUUGCCUCUUCAGUUAGGAGAAUUACUGCUCCUUUGAGGAAAUGGAAAUUCUGAUAAGGAUCUUUGUUCUAAACCUUCCUACCACUCUCCUCUCAUCCACCAAGCCCAGAUCUGAAUCGUGAAUCCUAAUCCAGGCUGCUCUGAAAACUGUCUCUUUGCAGCUCAAUCCCAGAAGUAGAAGCUCUCCAUUCUGAGGCCUGGCUUUAGAAAUCAUCUUUGUGACAAAACUCUGAAUUCUCCACAAGGAUCUCAAGCCUGCCUCCUAGAUUUAUCCCUUCUGAGGGGCAUGAAUGAACUCUAAUGAAGACUCAGAAAUAUUAGGGGCCCAGAAAUCCUGUAUUUCCCACUCCGUGACCAUAGGGGAGAGGAACACUGGUUUCCUUACAGCAUUUGGCAGCAAUUGGGCCCAGUCUUUAUGGCAACCUGGCGUAAAGGAGGCUGUUCUCCUAAAUUAGGAGACACAGGAGCGCCUCGUGGCCAGGCCUUUAUGGGAUAAGCCUCUUACCAACCUUUCCUUCAUAUUCUCCGCGGGAGAGGGUGGUAGGACAUCCAGGGGCUGAAAGGCCACAGAGCAUUAUUGCGGAGGAGGGGGACGACGGUGUUCAGCAGCUGCUGCCUCCCUCCCAGAGGUGGCAGUAUUUCCAUAGUGUGGAAACAAGUAACUGAAUCCCAAAGCAAGCGGUGGUUUCCCCUUCUGGGUGACUCACCCCAAAGUCUUCCCACCCAGGUGUUCUCUGAAAGCUCAACCGUAAGGGAACACCCAGAGAGCUUCCCUAGAUAGACUUCUGCCCCCGGGUGCUGGGACACACCUUUACAAAGUGCCGUGUGAAGCACGAGCUGGGGAGCUGUGCUCGGCCAACGUGGAAACCCAGCGUUCGGUGUCGUGUAGGCAGUGGGACAUGGGGAGAUGAGGCUGAGCCACCUGUAGUUAGGAGAGGAAUGGAUGUGGUUCUUCUUGUAUAUUUAUUUGUAUCAUAAACACUUGGAACAACAAAGACCAUAAACACCACUUAGCAGUUGUAGGCAUGUCAUAGUUAACUCGUGUACACAAGUAAGAGUAACGUCACAGUAUUAGCCCUUUACUCUUCUCACGGGACAUGUACCUAAAUAGGGUACUUAUUUAUGUAGUCGCUGUAUUUCUGGAUUUUUAAAUUAAUAAAAAGGUGAAUUUUGAAACAUCA